AUGGAUGAUUCUUUCGUUUCAUCAGGGAAUAACUUGGUAUCGAAUACAACAGAACCUCGUAGUGUUAAUAUAUCUCCCGAAAGUUUAAAUUCUCAGAAUUCUUUAAGAUCAAUGGACAAUAAUUUUGAAGACAAUUCUGAAAGAGAAGCCCUGAUCCAUGGACGGAAAAAGUAUACUGAAACACCAUUGCCCAAAAUGCCUUUAUUGGUGUUAGCAGUGAUUGUUUUUUCCGAACCUCUCAACUUUAGUUUUCUUUUACCAUUUGUAUAUUUCAUGGUACGUGAUUUUCACGUGGUCGACGAUGAAAAACAAAUUGGUAGAUACGCAGGUUUAAUAGCUUCUUCGUUUUAUCUUGCUCAAUUUUGCUUUGCUAUUUUUUGGGGUUAUAUGUCCGACAAAUACGGAAGACGUCCAAUACUUUUAUUCGGUCUUUUUGGAAUUACUACAUCGUGUCUAUUAUUCGGAUUCAGUAAGAAUUUGGUUUGGGCAAUCAUAACGCGAUCACUUUGUGGGAUGUUAAACGGGAACGCUGGUGUUGCAAAGAGUAUGCUUGGCGAAUUAACGGAUAAAACGAAUCAGGCCAAAGGCUUUUCCGUUUUUGGGUUUUGCUGGGGCCUUGGUGUCAUCUUCGGUCCUAUGAUAGGAGGAUAUUUGUCUAAUCCUGUAGAUAAGUAUCCCAAAAUCUUUGGCAAUUGCGCUUUUCUUAAAGAAUAUCCUUAUUUCCUUCCAUGUUUCGUGGCCUCUCUUAUUAGUUUUACUGGGCUUAUCAUAGGAUUUUUUAUGUUGCCGGAAACUCGAAAAUUCAAAGUUAAAGAUGAUGAUGAGAGCAGAACUCUUCUUACUUCGCCCGAACCUAAUCCGAUCAAGAAAUCUUAUGGUACAGUUGGUGAUCAUGAUAAUACGUUAACGGAAAACGAAUGUGUUUUUGAAGAUGUUAAUUACGGUCCGACAGACAUGACCAAUAAUGUGUCAUGUACGACAAAGAAAUUUGAUCGUAAUCAGGAACUGAUUCCUUAUAUUGGUAUAACACCUAUCACAUUAAAUGUCGUUAUCAGCAAUGCCAUCCUUGCACUUCACUCUAUAAUGAAUGAUGAAGUCUAUACAUUAUUCGCGGUAGCGAAAGUUCACGAUGGGGGGCUCGAAUAUCAAGCAAUCGAUAUAGCCCAAAGUUUAACAAUAAUGGGGAUGAUUCAUUUAUCUACUCAAAUCUAUGUAUAUCCAUGGCUAGCGCGUAAAAUUAGCAUAAUACGGUUAUUCCAUCUUGGUUUAUUGACCUAUGUUCCGGUUUAUUUUGCCUUUCCCUUGAUUAAUCGAUUAAAAAGUGCGUUAACAACACCUUAUAGUGAAACUAUAGUUUGGUACUCCUUAUUAUUCCUUUUAGCUGCUCGAUUUAUGUGUAACGUUAUGGCUUACACAUCCGUCAUGAUCUUGCUUAAUAAUUCCGCAACGAAUGAAGUACUAGGUGUAGCUAAUGGUAUUGGUCAAAUGACUUGCAGUUUCGUACGUGCGAUUGGACCUGCUUUAGGCGGCUUUCUCUGGUCCUGGUCGUUGGCGAAUAAUUCAAGUUUUCCAUUUAAUAAUUGGUUUGUGUUUAUAGUAUCAUCUAUACUUUCGUUUGUUGGUUGGCUGCAAAGUUAUUAUUUACCAAAAGAAUUAGGAGGUUUUUAA